AGUCUGGCCACAUUUGUCGGGCAUUUCAACCCUACUAGCAACGCUACAUAAAUUUAUUUGCAAAAAAACGAAACCGGAAAAAGUUUCAUAUACAGAAAUUGUAUAAAAUUGUUAUAAAUGUCAAUUGCUAGGCUGGCCAGCAUAAGCGACAAUUAUUCGUAGCAGCGGCCACACAACUUUCAGUUUUGCGAAAUGUCGAAUUGUGGGGGUGGAGGUGGUGGCGGCAGUGGAAGCAGCGGCGGCGGCGGCAGCAUCAGCGUCUCGCCUGGCGAUUGGAUUUGCCCAGAUAUUGACUGUCGCCAUUUGAACUUUGCGCGUCGCCUGCAAUGCAACAAAUGCAAUCGGGAUCGCGAAAAUAGCGCCAAUGAAAAACCAGACAGAGAUCGAGAUCGAGAUCGUGGCAAUGGCAGUAGCGGCAGCAGCAGCAGCUCUUCUAAAAAGAAACUUGGUACAGAGAUUGGUAAAGUAGCCGCAGACAAAUCGCGAGGAUUGUUCAGCGCAGAGGAUUGGCAGUGCAGCAAAUGUGCAAAUGUGAAUUGGGCGCGACGGCAAACUUGCAACAUGUGCAACGCGCCCAAAUUCACGGAUGUGGAGGAGCGCACAGGCUUCGGCGGAGGCUACAAUGAUCGUGGCGUUGUGGAGUAUAAGGAGCGCGAGGAUUCCGAUAGCGAAUACGAUGAAUUUGGUCGGCGCAAAAAACGUAAAAACAAUGACAAUGAGGAUGGCCGUAACAGAGGCAGAGAUGAGGCGAAACGUGCACGACGCAGAGAUAUCGAAGGCGAUGAAGAGGAGGAGGAUGAAGAUGAAGACGAUGACGGAGAUUUGUCCAAAUACGAUUUGUGGGGCGACAAUGAAGUAAGCUCCAGCAAUGUUAAGAGCAAGGAGACGGACAACGGCACUAGUACCAAGGAGAAGCUAACGCCAGCAACAACUGCCAGCAGUAAAAGAGCAUCGCGGGCAUCCACCUCGUCCAUUUCCUCAUCUUCCUCAUCCAGCUCGUCCAGUUCCAGUGACUCCUCAUCAAGCUCCUCAUCGAGUAGCUCCAGCAGCAGCAACGCUUCCAAUAGUAAGCGUGACAGGAAACGAUCAGACGGACGUUCCCGUUAGGAACGAAGUGUUCUACUCGAUUCGGAUUCGAUUCCGUUGGGAGAAAAUUCAUCUUGUUUUUUCUUCACUUUAUUGUGAGGGCUAACAAUUGUUUAUUUAUUUUUCUAAGCCUGCACCACUCGCCCAUGACAUGUAUUUGACUCCUCCACUCCAAUCCCUCUAUAAGAAAAUCAAUAAAAUCAU